CUUUGGUCAUACCACCGCUUCAGUUGUCUGUGUGUGUGUGUAUUGUAUGCAUGUGAUGUAAGGUCAUUCGCGUGAAAAUAUCAGCGAGGAAAAAAUCGAAUUUUUGUGUUUUGUGUGCUAGCAUACAAUUAAAACCGAACGAAAAACACAACAAAAAGAAUACGAGGAAGCGCACGAAAAGUUUGCCUUCAAACGAAAAUAAAUGCAAAAUGAGAAAUUUUCCUAAAUAUUUUUAUUUGCGAAUAUAGCUUCAUGAAUUAAGAACAAAAUAGGAAAGCUGGAAGAGCCAAAAAAUAGAAAAAUUCGCACUCAAGCAAAAACACCAAACGGAAGAUCCAAAGCAAACAACCAACCAACCAACAACAUCAACAGCAUCAACUAAUAUCAAAUUAAAUAACUAAGCCUAAUAACGUAUACAUUUAAAGAUCUAUUUAUAAAUUAAUAUUUACCAUAAUGAUUUAGUAAGUUAAGCUUAAAGUACAAAAAAAAAAAAUAAGAAAAGCAAAGAAAAAGAAACACCACAACCAACAACAACAUCAACAACCAACCAACCAACAGCCACAAAUAAUUAAUCAAUCAUUUAACGGAGUAAAUUCACAAAUCUGUAAUAAAUGCAAAUGACAAGGAAAUAACGAAAACGACAACAACAACAAAUCACCGCCAACAACAACAACCACACAUCGGCAGCAUAAUUAACAACAACCAACAACAACAACGGAUCAAUACCAAAGAUGGAGGCAAAAUUCUUGGCUAGCGCUCUUUCAUUCCUCUCGAUAUUUUUAGCGAUUUAUGCUCAAUCACUUGCCAACGACCUAAGCAAGGAGUCCACAGAGUUCGAGGAGUCGCCGACCAUCUACUACGGCGACCCCGUGGUGAACCUGGGCCAGCCCUUCUCGAUCACCUGCAUAAUCCCGAUCACCGAUCAGAUUCAUUGGCUCAAGAACGGGGAGCCGAUCACGCGGCACAAUCUGCGGCACGGGCGGGAUGAUCAUGCCUACGUUCUGUCCGAGAGUGCAAUCGAGGGUGAGAAGCACAAGAUCGAGGCGCACCUGAGUGUGCGGCAUGCGCUCAAGGUGCACGAGGGUCGCUACCAGUGCAACCGGCGACGCGGCAGCUACAUUCUGCACGUGCGGGAUCCCAAGGGAGUUGGAGCGGGAGCGGGCGAACCCACCGAGUCCGGCUAUCAAACCAUUGACGAACUGACGCCCAACUCAGCGGAUGAUUUCUUCACACGAGCGUGGCUGGAGCAGCAGCAGCAGCAGCAACAACAACAGUUGCCCCACCAGUCGCACAAGCUGCACAAGUCGCAUUUGGGCUACGGAAAUGCCAGUCUGUCCGGGUCUCAGCCCUGGCAUCCGUCGGCCGGCGGUGGCGGCGGUAUCCACCGCGUUUACUCGGCCACACCGCCCGAUUUUCCACCUCCGCGCCUUAAUCUGCUGGAGCAGACGGUGGCGCCGCCAGAGCCACCGACCAUACUGUACAAUCCCAAUCCGACGCAUCCCACUGCCAGCGCCACUGCCACGGAGACCAGCGUGCUCCUGACGACGGCGCACCACCAUGUCCACCAUCAGCAGCAGCUGCAGCAGCAGUCGCAGCACACGCUGAACGCCUUCCAGCUGCCACUGCCGCCGCGACCCAAUCCCGGCCAGAAUGAGCGAUACCAGACCUAUGCACCGCACUAUGUGCCACCAGUGGUGGUAUCGGGAGCGGGCGCAGGCGCGGAACCGGGAGCAGGAGCAUCAGGAGAGCAGACCACCAUUUCAGCAGCCACUAGCACAAGGGCCAUGAUGGGUGGCGGUGGUGGUGUUGCUGGUUCGGGCUUUUCCGCGGGCGCCAGUGGCCCAAUGCUGGGUGCUGGCGGUCACAUGCUGAUGGGUGGCCAGGGGCAUCAGGUGCAUCUGCAGCACCAGACGCUCUUGCCCGUCAAGAUGGAUAAGUUGGUGCCAAACUAUGAUAAUGCCAAGCAUCAAAUGAAAUUUUACGACAUCAGAUCGCCGCUCGUUCUCAGCUGCAACGUGAAAGACGGUACGCCGGGCGGCGUGCUCAUAUGGAAAAAGAACGGCACCGCUGUGACGGAGGUACCUUCUCUAAGAGGUCGCUUUAAGUUAAUCGCAGACGAGAACAAGUUCAUCAUCGAUAAGACGGAUACGAACGACGAUGGCAAAUACAGUUGCGAGUUCGACGGAGAGUCCAAGGAAAUCGAAGUGAUUGCCCGCGUUGUUGUACGAGUGCCUUCAAAUACAGCCGUUGUGGAGGGUGAAAAGAUGUCGGUGACCUGCAGCGUUGUGGGUACCAAUCCAGAGUUGACAUGGACCUUUGCCAAUGUAACGCUGACAAACGCCACAGAUCGCUUCAUCCUCAAACCAGACGAUAAUGGUGUUCCUAACGCCAUUCUGACACUGGAAAAUGUGACAUUGGAAGACAGAGGCGAAUACAAAUGCAUUGGACGAAAUGCGGCCAAUGUCUACGGUGGGAACACCACCGCUCCUGCCAGCGACGUCACAACUGUGCGUGUUAAGGGCAAAUUUGCCGCCUUGUGGCCUUUCCUGGGCAUCUGUGCUGAGGUGCUGAUUCUGUGCAUCAUCAUUCUCAUUUAUGAGAAGCGACGCAACAAGAGCGAACUGGAGGAGAGUGAUACUGAUCCCCAAGAACAGAAAAAGAAAAGGAGAAAUUAUGAUUAAAAUUCCUAAGUAAAAGAAAGAACACACCGUAUAAAAAAUAACAAAUUAAACAAUAUAAAUAUGAGCAAAAACCCACUAACUGAAAGUAAAAUGCAUUAAAAACAUUACAUAAACUACAUAAAACUAGCGAGAUCGAGCAUGGUAAUGAUACCGAAAUAAGGAAAACAGUCACAAGAGAGAAAGUUGUGUAUCCAUGUCCCUGUCCCAAUUUCCCAGCCCCAGCAAAACAGCAAAAUUUGUUUAGCAAAAUUGUAUUUUAUUAAUGAAAUAUAAAGGAAAAGCAAACAAUUAAUAUUAAACAAGAGGAAACCGAAGUAAAUCUAAAAUAAUAUUAAAAUGGAAAGUGAUAGCAGUUAAACGAACACUAAUAAGAGAAUAUGAAUAGACGAUGGCAGAAUAAAGGAACUUUAGCAAUUAACCUUAAAGUGAAUCGUUAACUCCAAGCAAAAAUGUCGCACAUGCCACCCCUUUUCCCACGCACCCUCCACCCGAACAACAGAAUAAUAUUGUACAUAACCUAAAAAGUUGAUAAAAGCUGAAGAAAGGGCACUUUCUUCUGUCUCUGCCCGACUCACCGUAGAAGCGAGGCUCUGUCUCUCUCUUUCCUAGCAGGAGGACUCUUUAUACGACUAUGAUUUUUUAGGUAGCGAUAUUUUGAGGUUAGUUUUCAGUUCGAGACGGAACUUAGCAAAGAACGCAGAAGAAGCAAAGCGGAAGCGGAAGUAACAGCAGCCACAUCUGAGAGCAAGAUGGCGGAGGAGAACAGGAUGGAACUCGAUUAAAUGGGAGACCGUUUGCAAACGACGUUGAAAGAACUUUGUUUAUUUAACUUAGUUAAUACGGUGUAUUGAGAAAAACUGAAGAUGAACUUUUUAAACAAUUAAGUAGCGCGUUAUGAGUAUAUUUUUAAAGGAUUAAUACCACAACUAGUAGCUGAUGAUGGAAAGGUAGACGAAGCGUUGGAAGCGAGAACAUUGUAUAUUGCAUAAUUUUAGGAGAAGAGGAUGGACGUAAAUCAGAUGCGUACUGCCAAAACUUGUAAAGUUCAGUACUAUUUGCUUAGCCUCAUUUUUGGUAAACAAAAAAAACUAAAAAACCAAAAUCAAAACACACUAAGAACUAAAAACAAAUACAAAAAGAAAUCAUAAGCUCUGUUAAUUCAUUUCUGUUGUUGUUAAGUUCGGUUGUUUAUGUAUGUAUAAUGUAUGUGUAUAAAAAUCGAAUUGCGAAAGAACUUAAGCGGUCUUCAAUUCACACCCUAACUCGUAAUCAUAAAUUAUAAAUUUGUAUGACUUUAAUUUUGGUUAAAUAUGUACGUUUUCAUUUUCGUGAACCUUUCGUUGUUGAUUUUUUCGCCGCCACCAAAGCUUUAAAUAUUUACAUAGUAAACUGUGUUCUCAGCAAAACGAUCAAGUUAAUGAAAUGAAAUUAUGUUAAAUGAUAGAAGACGAGACGAUUUGUAUAGUAAACUAAAUGAGCAUAAUAAACAGAACCCUUGAUAAAACCAACAAAGAAAUGUUCUUGUUAUAUAUAUAAAUAAAGAAUAUAUAUAUAUAUAAUUACUAUAUAUAUACAUACAUAUAUAUAUAGAUCACGUGUGUGUGUGUGCAUGUUCGAUUACAUAGUUAUAUACAUAUGCGAUGAAUUACAAAAAUAGAUGAAGUGGGGAAAGGUAAAUAAUAGCCUAGAGAGGAGACUUUUUGGAAACCGUCGAUAAAUUCUCGUGCAUAAGUUUUUUAUUCAUGUACAAUUGUUGUACAGUUUUUGUGGCUUAUUUGUGUAUAACAACUAUUAAUGACAACAACAACUACUACUUGUAUUACAAUUGAUAUAUUAUGCAUAACUGUACAUUAAAGUGAGCCCCUACCCCUUACUUCGCCUCUGAACCCCCUUCAUUUUUUUUUUUACUUCUGGGCUUGGAUCCAUCCGACCAACCGACUCCCCUAGAAAACAUCCCAGACGUCCUUGAACCUCUUUGAACUGAAAAGCGAACCCAACAACACGAACAACAACAGCUACGAUACCUAUUUACUGCUAUAUUGUAUGACGUAAUGUUACCCACAACAACAGCAACAACAUGAACAACUAACCAUACACACGUAACUAACUUUAAAGCAAACCAAACCAAAAUCAACUUCGGAACACUCGUCAACUAUGCUAUAUAUAUGUACUUAAAUAUAUAUAUAUACAACAACAUACUAACGAAAGGAUGCAAAAACCAAACGGAAACUAUACAUACUUAUAAAAUAUACACCUAUAUACAAACAACCACAUACGCAGUAUUGUAUGUCUUUUUGUACAGAAAACAAACGACAAACUACUAAGCCUGACAACAAACAAAUCGUGUAUCCUAACUACAAAUCCUCAGAUAGAACAUAUGACGCCUCCACUGCACCACAACUCACUCACCAACCCGUGGAACUGCACAUCCAUACCCAUUUUUAUCUUAUGGUCAGGUCUCCCCUAUCAUUUACCGAUCACCGACCGACAACGAUCCAUUGUUUACCCAUCAAUUGUUGCUAACUAUCGAACAGUAUAAUCAACAAAUGCAGAAUUUCUUGGCACACACUUUUGAAUCUCACGCGGUAGUCGCUUCAUGAGUAGAGCAGCUAGAUGUGAACAUCGGACGGAGCUCUAGUUGAGUUACACAAGAAGGAACCUUAUAUAUAUUAUAUAUAUAACAUAUAAAUAAAUAAUAUUAACAAUUACAUGUACUUUUAAUUAGACGCAUAAGCCAAAUGUCGAGGGGAGUUAAAUCACAAGCCGAAACGAAAGCUAAGACUAAACCUAAGCCAGAAAAGCGGUUCGCAUCGGUAUUCCCACGAUUGAUAGAUACAAUUGACAGGUUAGGUUCGAAAUUCAGGAAGGUCCUCGGUUUUAUAUACAUAUGUAUUUCCGCAGCAGCGAGUAUGCAACUUAGAGCUUGUAUAUUUGAAAAUUAAAUCACAACUGUCUCUCUUCGACUUCCCGUACAGUGCGUUUCGGAGCUGUAAAACCCAAAAACAGCAAAAAUGACAAAUGCCCCCAAAGUUAUACUAUCAUUAUGCAAUGAAACCUACAAUUUCAACACUUGUUAUGGCAUUGAAUUCACUUGCAGCUCCAAAACACAUUGUACGCGAAAUCAGAGCCAAAUGUAUGUUUAUUCAAAAAUAUUCUUUUUGGCGGACGGACUCACUGGCAAGUCACACAUUUUGUAUGAAUUCCGGCUCUGGGAAGGAGCUAGCUUCCGAUAGAUAUGGAAAUGAGUAUAUGGUGGAGGAGCCAUCAGCCGGCCAGGCUGAGAUUCCUGCGAACCGAACCCAGAAAAACCGAACUUUGUUUUCCGCAGGCGCCCAGAGUAGUGCUAAUGAAAUCUGUAGGAGAGACACUGUAGGAAAACAAAUAAUUGCCUUAGGGUUUCAGUAGAAAUAAAAACCAAACAUUAACGUAUAAUUUACCUUUUAAAUCAUUUCCCUUAUCGGCGUCUUUGAGCAAAACGUGUGACUUGGCCUUAAAGCGGGUGUGACAUCAGCACUCUAGAAACCAGUUAGAACUACGGGUAAACACGGUUCGCCAUAAAAACCGAUACCAAAACCGAAACCGAAGAGCCGAGUGCAGUUAAAUAUUCUGUAAUCCACGCUAGUAACCGAAUGUCACACAAAACACACACAUGGGCCGCCGGAGGCAGAUGGAAUCCUUCCGGGAUGAGCUAGAUAUAUAGGAUAGCUAACCGCAUAAGCCUUUAGGGGAGUUAAAAUGACAAGCAGAUCAAAUCAAUUAAGUGCCAGACCCCCGCCCCUCUCCUAGCCAGACUUCGCCGUAUGAUAACCAAAAUAGAACUCGAUACCAGGUCCCGGGAAAGGAUUCCAAAUGAUUCCGGCGCAACCCUAUGCGAAAUGUCUUCAACUAGAGCGAACUCGAAACCGUUUCAGAAUACUAAUCGAUAAAACUAUGAUUUUUAGCAAUUUAUAUAAAUUACAUAUAUACAUACAAAUACAUAGAUAAUGAAUUAUGGAAACCGAAGCUAAAACUAGACCUAAUCCUAAAUCUAGACCGAAGAGAAAUCACAAACAAGUCAACAGGGCACAGCGCUUCUUAACUAUAUUAAUUUCGACAAGCAGAACUUUUUCUAAACCUAAACCUAAAACAAAACCAAAACCAAACCAAGAAAAUGUAAAACCAACGCUAAUCUUAAACUAUAACUAACUUUUUAAACUAAUAUUGAAAUUGAACCCAACAAAGUGUUCAUUAAACUAAAACCAAAGGAAUACAUAUGUGUAUGUACGAGCAUGUAUAUGUACUUAAAGUUAUACAUUAAAGAAACACAACAUUUUGUAUGGCUAUGGCAAAAACAAAUCCGAAAAAAAACCGAACAAAAUACAAAAAAAAAAAAACGAAAUAAGCAGAAGAUGGUGAAAAGAACCCAACAAUUUAGCUAAGUAAUUUAAUGUAAAGAGUUUAUCGAAUAAAUUGAGAGACAAACCAAAAAACAAAAAACAAAAGAAAACUUUAAUGAAACUUUCAUCAGAUUUCUAACGAACUUUACGAAUUUCCAAUAAGAAGAAAACUGCGCUCUUUACGCCUAUCUACCGAACAUCUCUUUACAUAGACAUUAUAUGAUAUAAAUAUAAUUAUAAUGGAGGAUUAGGUCCGGGGAAACCGGGACCGAGGCCGAAUACUUACAUAAGCAUACACUUGUUUUUAGCACUAAAUGAAAUCUCUUGCGUUACUUUUGUUUAACAAAUACUAAUUAAACCAGAUAAAUUAAUAUACAUACAAAACAUACUAUAAACAUACAUACUAUAUAUACAUACAUUACAUAUAUAUAUAAAUAGAGUUUUUUAGAUCGAACGCCCGACGAAAGAAACAAACCCCUAUCCCCAAAACCAAAAGUCCCGGAAACUAAACACGCAAAUCUCGUCUCAUCUCACGGAUGUGCUACACUAAAUUAGUAACUAAACUAAACUAAAACUAAACUAUUGUUAAACCAUUAAACACACGCAUACAUACACGAACACACAAGUCAUUAACUAAAUAUUACAUGGCGGACAACAACCAAGUUAAAAGUUUAAGCCAGUUUAAGCGAAAUCAAAGUGGAGAAAUGAAGUGGAGAUAUGGAGAAAUUGAGAAUUUGCAGCCGCUGGCAGUUAGAACUUGAAAAAUCCCCGAAAAGAGGCAGUUAGUAAAUUAAGUGAAAGUGAGCCGAACGAGACCGUUAGUGCAGUAUAAUAAACAACAAAUUGUAUUAUAUCUAAGCCCAUGAAAUUAAAACAAAGGUUAAACAUAAUGAGAACACGACAAAAAUGUUAAUUACAAGCGCUAAACAAGUAAAUAGCUAACCCAAACCAAACAGAAGGAGCAACCAAGGCGGCGUGGCGGCUAUUUAUUAUUAAAAGUGAUUUAUAGGGCAGAGUUGAAAAGCAACUUUCAGCUAAUAUAGAUUAAUAACAAAUAAAGACCGAAAAACCACAAAAAAAAAAAACAAAUAUUUUAAAGCAAGCGCUUGAAUUGUACAUUUUUACAAGGCAACUGUACAUUAAGCGCCCACGGCAUUAAGUAAAAAAUAAAAACAAAAAAAAAAAAAAUAAAAACCAAAAGAGUU